UUGACCAAGAAAGCAAAGAUUAUAGAAUGCUUGAAAAACAUUAUUUUUUCCUGCCAAAAUAAUGUUAAUAGACUGUUAACCGAAGGACGAUAUGACAAUCCCCUAUUUGUAAUAACCAUAAACACCAGAACGGAAAUAUUUUUUGAGUAACUUUAUACCUUAGACUUACAUGACGAGAUACUUUGAGAGCGCUGAACGAAUAACUAACGGAGAAUGGUUGUCAAGACCACGGAGAAAUCUUCCUCCGACGGAGGCCAUGCGGCGAGCUCUGAAGGAGCUGGACCUAAACAUUGUUGAGAUGUCAGAUGAGAACGCCACUUUGGACGGAGGAGACGUCCUCUUUACAGGUAGAGAGUUUUUUGUGGGGCUUUCCAAACGCACCAAUCAGAAAGGAGCAGAGAUCCUGGCCGAUGUGUUCAAGGACUAUGCUGUAUCCACUGUCCCUGUCACUGAUGGUCUACACCUGAAGAGCUUUUGCAGCAUGGGAGGACCAGGCCUCAUCGUGAUUGGCUCCAGCGAACCGGCUCAGAAAGCCCUGAAGAUCAUGCAGCAGAUGAGUGACCAUCGCUACAACAAGCUGACAGUGCCUGAUGACAUUGCAGCCAACACCAUCUACAUGAACCUCCCCAGCAAAGGCCAUGUACUGCUACACUGCACCCCAGAGGAGUUCCCAGAGAGUGCCAAAGUGUUUGAGAAGCUGAAGGACCACAUGUUGAUCCCAGUGUCGAACAUGGAGAAGGUCAAGGUGAACGGAGCCCUCACUUGUUGCUCCGUUCUCAUCAACAAGAAGGCCAAAGUCUGAUCUGAGCAUGCUCCGUUAGGGGUCUCUCGGGCAGACCUGGGUUCAAAUACUAUACUUGAAAUCUUUCACAUACUUUGAAGUGCCAGGAGAGCGGGGUUUGCAAUUUUGGGACUAUACUAUUGGGCCAUUAUUAAGCCAGGCAAGCUUAAUCAAGCACAGACAAUGUAUUUAACAUGAUUUUGAAUAGUAUUUGAACCCAGGUAUGCUCCCAGGGCAGGGUCGGCCCACUGCUGCACCCUUGCCCGAAACAAGUCUGUUUCUGCUGUGUUACCCCUCGAUAACAGAAUGUUAUCCAGGCUACCAACCCUACCCCCCGCCCUCUGAAAGUGCUCAUGUGUCAAUCAAUCCCUGUGCUUACUGGUCAAUGUUGACAACCCUUCAAAACAACCACUUACAAUAGAACACUGGAGAGAAUUUUUUUUUUUUUUUUUUAACAUCUGUGGAGGAUCUAUAUAAUGUUACAGUAUAGUGCAGUAUGCAUAGUGCAAGAGCCGGUUUAUGAAGAAUAAACAAAACGCAAAUCCGCCAAGUUACAUUUACAAUCAACUGCUGAUUGCGCUCUCUGUAUUUAAUUUUGGAUUCAAUUCAUCAUGAUUCAUAGUCAUGCCAUGUAACAAGUAGAAGUUCUUAUUGAGGGGGGGAAAUGAAUGAAAUCCACUCAGUUAUCUUAAUAAUCUGGAAAUUGUCAUAAUGAGCUGUUCCUCUCUCUGCCAUGGAGACCUGAGUGCUCUUACUACAUUAUUGUUGAUUCAAAAAGAAAUGUAUAUGAUUUUUGAACAGGAAUGUUGAUUGAUCCCUAGCUGUGAUGAUGGUGCUAGUUAUUCCAUCCAGCUGAACAUAGGGUAAAUUCCUCUUAUUAAACUGUGAUUUCUGAAGUCUAAAGCCAAGGUAGGAAACUAAUUACAAAAUGCACAUGCAAUUGUCAUCAAAAAUGCCUUUUAAAAAACAGUCAUAGGAUGUUCAUUUCCUACCCUGUCUUAACCUAAGCUGUGCCCAUUUUAUGAAGGACUGAGCACUACUUCCCUGCCGUGUAUGACAUGUUUGUAAGGACCAAUACUUGUCAUUUCUCAUUAUACUAUACAUACUUUUAACAUGUCUCAAUUUGCUGUGUGCCUCCAUCUUAAGUGGCUUAAUAACUACUGCUGUAUAGUCUAGUCAAGAAGCCAUUAUAGCGGUUUCUUCGAUGUUUUAAAGCCCUUUCUUUUCCCUGUAUUGACUACUGUAUUCUACGGGUAACUGACAAAAUAUAGAAACACUUAAAUGAGGGAUACAAAGUAUACUGAACACAAAUAUAAA